AUGUCGAAAAAGGGAGGCCAGGCAGCGGUGGCCGCCGUCGCAUCGUUUGUCAAGCUCCUCGUCCCCGCGGGCAAAGCAUCUGCACAACCGCCCGUCGGCCCCGCUCUCGGUGCUAAGGGCGUAAAAGCGAUGGACUUUGCCAAAGAGUUCAACGCCAAGACGGCUCAUCUCGAGGUGGGCAUCCCCACACCGGCCAUCGUCAAGAUCAACCCGGACCGCACGUUUUCUUUCGAGAUCAAGACUCCACCAACAUCAUUACUGCUGAAGAGAGCGGCAGGCAUCGAGACGGGCGCCGGCAAAGCUGGCUCGCAAGUUGCAGGGACGAUCACCAUGAAGCACAUUUACGAGAUCGCAAAGAUCAAGAUGCAAGAUGUCAAAGGGGUCGGAGAGGAGCAGAUGUGCAAGGUCAUCGCCGGCAGCGCACGCAGUAUGGGUCUCCGAAUCGUUCGUUGA